UAAUUAUUCUCAUCUUAAACAUGACAAAUUGUCCAAACACACAGGAAAACUCCUGGAGAAACAUCUGAGAUCCACGUGACACUAUUAUAAAGAUGGAUUUAAUUAAAGAGGAGAGUGAAGACAUAAAGAUUGAAGAAGUGUUCAACGUGAAACAUCAAGAUACUGAGGAACAAACAGACCUGAUGGUGCUGAAAGAGGAACUGAAAACUGAAAAGAGUCAAGAACUGAAUAAUAUUGAAGAGAAAGAUGAGAAACAUGAUUUCAUGAUUGGAGAAAAACCAUCCACACAGACUGAAAUUACUUCCUCACAAAAAAGAGCUCAGAAGACCAAAUCUAACAGUAAUGUCACCUGCCAUCAGUGUGGAAAGAGUUUCAGCCAAACACAAAGCCUUAAACUCCACAUGAGCAUUCACGCUGGAGAGAGACCUUUUACCUGCAAACAAUGUGGAAAAAAUUUCAAUCGAAAAGGAAACCUUAUGGUCCACAUGAGACUUCACACUGGAGAGAGUCCUUUCACCUGCCAACAGUGUGGGAUCAGUUUCACUCAAAAAGGAAACCUUAAUGUCCACAUGAGAAUCCACACUGGAGAAAAGCCUUACACUUGCUCUCAUUGUGGACAGAGUUUUACACAUAAAAAAACCCUUAAUACCCACAUCAAACUGCACACGGGAGAAAAGCUGUUUGCAUGUGAUCAGUGUGGAAAGCGCUUCACAACAGAACAAAGCCUUAGAUUUCAUAUAAACAUUCACACUGGAGAUAAACCAUUCCCAUGUGAUCAGUGUGGAAAGAGUUUCACACAUAAAGUAAACCUUAAGGUCCACAUGAGACUCCACACUGGAGAAAAGCCUUAUACUUGCUCUCAUUGUGGACAGAGUUUUACACACAAAAAAUCCCUUAAAACCCACAUUAAUAAUUUACACUGGAGAAAAGUGUUUGUAUGUGAUCAGUGUGGAAAGCGCUUCACAACAGAACAAAGCCUUAGAUAUCAUUCAAACAUUCACAUAUCCUUCACUACUUUUUUGUGUGCUCAAAUGCACAUAUGAACUCUUCUGGCCACAUCGACCAUCUCAGCCCUCCAAUUUUGAUUGUAUAGAGGCGUCACUCCAUUCCAAAUAUUGAUGACUUGAAA